GAACCAGCCUGUAGUACACAUUUUACUCUUCACGUGGGCUCUAACAUGUUACCUCUUCUAUUAUCCUGACGUCAUGACAGACGCUUUCAGCACUAACAGCGAGCUGGUCAUUCAGCGUUGUGUGGAUGUAGCCUCGAUCAAAACAGACCGCUCUGCUGGAAGCUGGGAAGAACUUUACCAAAUCAAGGACACCUGCCAGUUCAUCAACGCUAACCAGUUCAAGAAGGUUGCCCUGCAAUUUCCAGAUGAUGUCCUGGUCGAUUCCAUUCCAAUCUCGGCUGAAAUAGAGAAGAAUUCAGAAGCUAAAACCUACAUCUUAGGUGACACCUCAUAUGGCAGUUGUUGUGUUGAUGAGGUUGCUGCGGAGCAUAUCGGCGCAGACUGUAUAGUGCACUAUGGGAGAACAUGUCUCAGUCCGUCCAGACGGCUUCCUCUCAUGUAUGUGUUUGGGAGGCGGCCCAUUGACCUUCAGCAGUGCGCCCUUUCCUUCAGCGAGCUUUAUCCAGACUCUCAGAGUCAUGUGGUCAUACUGUAUGACGUCAUCUAUGCACAUGCCAUAGAUGCACUGGUGACGUUACUAAAGGAGACAUAUCCCCACGUGGUGGCCUCCACUCUUGUGCUGGAUUAUUGUCAGAGUCAUGGGCAGACGCAAGGCUCUCCCUCAGAGUCUGACUGCAAUGGUACAGCGCCAGAGGCAGACAGCAGGGUGGUGCAGAAAUUUGGCCGGCGCUUUUGCCUGGAGGAGGGUUUGAGGGUAGAGGAUUACUGCAUGUUGUAUGUGGGUCAGGAAGGUGCCACGCUCACCAACUUCAUGAUGACGUGGAACCGCUGCCCCUUCAGCUCCUUUGACCCCGAGACGUCGACAGGUCGGGCCGAGUCCGUCAACGUCAACAAAGCCCUGAUGAAGCGCUACUAUGCCAUCGAGCGAGCCAAAGACGCUGGUGUGGUGGGUAUCCUGGUUGGCACACUAGGGGUGGCGAGUUACCUUGCCAUCAUCGAUCAACUGAAGGAGAGCAUUCGCAGGGCAGGCAAGAAGAGCUACAUGUUUGCCAUGGGGAAGCUGAAUGUUGCCAAGCUGGCUAAUUUCCUGGAGAUAGACAUAUACGUGCUGGUGGCCUGCCCGGAGAACUCCCUGCUGGACUCCAGUGAGUUCUACCGCCCGGUGGUCACCCCUUUCGAGAUGGAGAUGGCCUGCAACAGCAACCGGGAAUGGACCGGAGAGUAUUUCACAGAUUUCAGAGAUCUGUUGCCGGAUGGUUGCAGUCACGUGGAUCUCCCUGAUGCUGACAAGGAGACUGUUACAGAUGUGUCUCUGAUCACGGGGGCGUUGAGAGCCACAGGCCUACAGGACUCAGAGCAGGCCAAGGCAGAGUCGCAGUCAUCCUCUCUCGUAUCCAGAAACCAAACCAUGACAGUAGCCAAUACCAACACAGCAGCCGCCUUCCUGUCGGGCCGGAGCUGGCAGGGCCUAGAGCCGCGUCUGGGCCAGACACCGGUGGUCAAGGCUGUGCAGGGACGCAAAGGCAUCGCCAUCGCUUACGAGGAGGAGGGCGAAGACAAUGCCAACUAUUCAUGCUGAACGGAACAACGCUCAGCCAAAAUAUUGGCCCUUUUCACAACAAACCCAAGAUUCUGGAGGACAUAUGUAAACCGUGGCAUGCGUACAACAGUGCCAUUAUGUGCCAGGAACAAAGGCCUGUUUAAAUGAUGCCUACUACUAGGCCCCAUGCUCCAGAAUCACAGGAUUUCUUUUUUCACUUAUUGCCGUUGCUGUCAAUAUUAGUGUAUAUAUCAAUCAAAGAAUGAUCCAUGAUAAAUUAAUAAACAUUUAUUAAUUGA